AAUUAUUAAAAAUUGUCUGAAAAUAAUUUUAUUGUUUUAAUUUUAAUUAAUUGUAAAAAUGAUUCGUGCGGUUUUGAUAUUCAAUCAUAAGGGCAAACCAAGGCUCACUAAAUUUUAUGAACAUUUCGCUGAAGAUGUGCAACAAAAGAUAAUUAAAGAAACAUUUCAAUUGGUGUCCACUCGUGACGAUCACGUGUGUAAUGUCCUCCACGCCGGCGUAUUGGUUGACGAUUCCGACUUUAAGCUUAUUUACAGACACUAUGCAACUCUAUAUUUUGUGAUGUGUGCGGACACGGCUGAGAGUGAACUCGGCAUUCUUGACCUAAUUCAGAUAUUUGUUGAGGCACUCGACCAAUGCUUUGAUACGGUUUGUGAAUUGGAUCUCAUCUUUAACUCGGAUAAGGUUCACAAUAUAUUGAAUGAGAUCAUAAUGGGUGGACUCGUGUUAGAGACCAGUCUUCAAGAGAUUCUCUUAAGAAUCGAAGAGCAGACCAAACUUGAGAAACAAAUGACUAACAAAAUUCAGAGUCAUUUACCAGAAGUUCAUUGUCUUUCAGUCAAACCGUUUAUUGUCUAUAAAUAAAGCGAUGUUUUUUUAAAAUUAGUCUUUUAUGGCACUUAUUAU